UGACGUGUGAGUGGUCCUUUUUUUGCCCCCUUCUUCCCACCCUUCUGUUGGUUGCUAUCACAGGACUGCGCGCAACCGUCGGAGCACUCGGGGAAGAACCCUUUUUCAUAAAUUUAACCUUACGGGACCAUACUCGCCAACAAAGCGUAUACUUCCCACAUCGAGGUACAACAAUAAAUGUUACCGAUCGCAACUCAAUCCGAGAUUGGGUUAUGACGUGAAGGGCCAAGGGACAGGGUGGCGAUAAAAUUCGGCUCUAGGUCCCGCGGGUGCUGUUACCAUUAAUGUAAUUUCGUCGUUGAUCUGAACGCUUACCCUGGCUUUCUCUUUUUUUUCCAUUCUCCCUUCCCCGAUGACUAGGAUGUGUUGAGGAGGGUAUACAAAUCCUUACCUUUUUUUUAAUUCGUCGGCGGUUUUCUCUUUUCUGCUUUUUCUCUUUCUUGGUCAAUAGUUUUUAUUCCCUUUUUUUGUGUCCUGGAUGUCGAGGGAGGAACGAUCGCCUCCGCCGACAGACAACACUACUCGACAAACUACCGCAACUUCGUCACGAACACACGACCCCUCUUCUUCUUCACGUCGACGCGCGCCUUCUCCACAGCCUGAGGCGAGCACGAGCACCGGUAUCACGCGAACUCGCCGCCGAGAACCAGAUCCCGAACCAGAACCAGAGACGGAGGAACGAAUGUCGAAACGCCUUCGCCGGCGCUCGGUGGGGAGCUCCUCAGAGGGUGAUACGGAGAAAAACCCUACGCCUCCGCCCCCGACACAGAAGAAGAAGCGCACGCGCACUCUUACGACGCCUCACCAGUCAGCAGUUUUGCAUGCUCUCUUGGCCCAGUCACGAUUCCCUACGACAGCGAUGAGGGAGGAAGUGGGAAGGUCCAUUGGACUGAGUGCGAGGAAGGUUCAAAUAUGGUUUCAAAACCAACGCCAAAAAGCUCGGCGCCCACGCAGCCAAAGCGACAUUCAAUUGACGCGUCCGCCUCAAUACGGGCCGUUCCCUUCUACCUCUCAUCCUCUCCCGCCUUCUUUCCCGCCUCACUAUGGCUAUCCUCCUGCUCCUGCCCCGCCUCCCCCGUACUUUGAACCUUCUUCGACGUCGCUCCUUGGACCAGGCAUGCCCGGGAGGUCCUUCCAGCCGCAACAACCGCAACAGAGCCCAUUCCGAUACUCCCGUCACCAAGAGCCUUACCCUCCUUCUCCCCCUCCCCCGUCCCUCUCUCGUCGUAUCGACUACUCACGGACUUUGCCUCCAUUAUCGUUCCCAAGCGGCUCUAGCCCCCGCCCAUCAUCGGCAUCAUAUCGCGGUGCCAGUCCGUUCUCCAGGAGCCCGGGUCCUUACCGUGGUGCUAGCCCGGGGCAGUUUCGUGGUGGUGGUAGUCCGGCGCCACUUCCACCGCGCUCGUAUCACCGCUCCCCAUCCCCCGAACGGAUCCUCCCUCCACCUGUGCAAUGGGGUCCGGGGGAACGCGAAGCGGGACCACCCAGGUUUGGCGGGACGUGGGCACGACCGAGUUCAGGGAGCGGAACGGUUCUAUCUCCUGUUCACGCAAGGCGGUACUCUUAUUCGUUGGAUGAACCUCCUACUACUGCUCCUGCUCCCGCCGCCGCGUCUACGUCUACGUCUACAGCUCCGAGGCGCUCGGGACGGUACGACCCCGUCCGUGGUACCAUCGUCCCCUCCGAGCCAACCCCACCUCCAGAAGAAGAUCAGUCAUGAUUGAAAAUGAAUACGUAUCCUACCCAUUUUUGGCUUUUCACGAACUAUCGUCACGUCCUCGCUAAAACGUCUUUGCUAUCCUCGGCUACUACCUACUACUACUACUAUCGUUCCCUUUCCUCGUUUUCUGUACCACGUACUCACUCAUUUGCAGAUAAUAUCAUAUCAUUAUAAUACCCUUUCGCUACUAUCAUCAGUAAUUUAUGUCGUAUUCGGACUACAUACCUAUUGAUCAUCCUGUAGUCCUAUGGCCACUACAAUACCAUUAUAUUAUGUCGCCCGUCCACGUCAG